AGGCACUGAAAAGCCCAGCCCAUAUACCUCCAUUUGUUCCCCGGAAUAAUCCCAACAACAACCACUCCAGAUUUCCCCAUCUUCACGCUCGUCCCGUCUUCUUCAACACCUCGCCGCCGCCAGACGUCGACGAGACGACGACGACGACAGGCGACGAGGUGUGGUGAAUCCUUGGAGAAAUCGUUCGCCAUGUCGACGGCGCUCAAGGCCUUCCUCAACAGUCCGGUCGGCCCCAAGACCACCCACUUCUGGGGUCCCGUCGCAAACUGGGGUUUCGUGCUUGCGGGUUUGGUUGACAUGAACAAACCUCCUGAAAUGAUAUCUGGCAAUAUGACAGCAGCCAUGUGCGUCUAUUCAGCACUCUUUAUGAGGUUCGCAUGGAUGGUGCAGCCGCGGAACUACUUGCUUCUGGCAUGCCAUGCAUCCAAUGAGUCAGUCCAGCUCUACCAGUUGUCUCGGUGGGCUAGGGCCCAGGGGUAUCUGGAGAAGAAAGAACCGGAGACUCAGCAGUAAAAGAAGUGUGUAAACCUGCAUUUACCUUCCCAAAUAAGAGUGACCUGCAGCAGCAGUUUGAAAUGCUGAAUCUGGUUGACAAAUCCCAGAAAACAAAUUCUAUGCCGUUUAUGUAGUGUUACAAGUGUCGUAUUUUUGUCUCAUUUUGUUUCGGAUCUGAUCUGAUGGCUGUAAAAUACACUUGACGUGGUUUGAAAAUGAUGAUCCCAAUCCCUUCUUCCUCCA